GUGUGUCGUGUCUUAUUGACCGCGUUGCCGAAAUGGCAUCGACGGCUUCCCGCGCGCUGGUCAUUAUCAGCAGCACGAUAUGUCGUUCAGAAAGCGAAGAUCAAGAUUGGAUUACUGUCGAACGUCAUUCGGCUAGACCGAAGCAAAAAAAAAAGACCGCGCAACAGCCACCAAAGCCAAAAAAGGGCAGCGACAAGCCAACCCGCCGACCAGUCGUGGCCGUCGAUACCUCCAAGCUGCAACUCCUCCUGCGUUCUCCUAUUUCGCUUGCUCAAGACUUCAUUGAGAUGCUGCGCAUCCAUGGGCCCGAUCAUGGCCGCACGCACGCCGCUUUCGAAAAAGCUAUCAACGCAGGACAGAAACGCCAGAGUAUGUGCCCGGUCAUCGACUCUUUGCUGAAAGGACAAGAAGCUCAGGCUGCACCAGGCUCAGCGCAGUUUUUACUUCACAUUGACAAGGACAACAAUCCAUUUGACGUUUUGGAUCAAGUCCUCAAGAACAAAAUGAUUGCUGAGAGUCUCAUCUGUGGAAGCUUUUAUCUGGCGAGCAAAAAGUCGCCAGCUUUCCUUGAGGCCGGUUUGCCGCAAACACCGCUGUAUGUGCAAGUGCCAAAAAUCAAGGAGCUUCAAUGCACACUGCCGACUCGCCAUUUGGCGACAUUAAGUACGCCCGUGUUUUUCAACUUUUUCCCUGCAUGCCUGGCAACGACCGCCGACCACGCGCUUUUGGCGCAACAGCUGGAGGAGACAUUGCGAAGCGUCAGUUCAAGCAUUUGGCAGAAGCCGUUUGCAUGCUCGCUGGUGUACACCGCAUGGGAUAGCGACAGCCAGCUCGAUCUGGUCCGUGUUUUGAGAAACGCCUGUGCAGGUCAAAUUUUGAUGAAAGACGCUAGGCGCUGGGUGCAAGGCACGAAGGCAGCACUCAAAGCCGCUGGCCUGCAAUACCGAGAUACAGACAAUGGUCUGUUCCUUUCCAAAGAUGCUGCGCUAUCAAGAGCGUUUGUGCUUAUUAGCUGGAAUGCGCAGCUAUUUCAACACGCUUCCUCUUUUGUGUACAGCGUCCUGCUUGAUAAGCGUGUGGUGACGGCUGACAGGUCAGAAUCUAUUGUGGCCACCUAUACACCUCAAGAGUUGGCAUCCAAUACGCCAAAGCCUGCUCGGCAAGAGCUCGUUCCAGCCCAGCAACCCCCCAAAUUUAAUCUUGUUGAUGAGCUCUGUAAGGGCCGAUACUCGACUGCCGGCAGGACUUGGAUGGAAGUCGGAAGAAAGUUGUACAAACAGUCGCCCUCGGCAUUUGCACAGCGCUUUGGCGAACACAGUGCGGAGGCGGUGAAAUCCUCCAUCGCCAAGAUGAAUGUCAAUCACUCAAGUGAAAGUCAGUGGUGCUACCUUUGA